UAAGUGUCCCACCUUGCGACGCGGCUGGCCUUUUGGUGUGCCAAGCCCGUCGGGCGAAUUUUUCGGGGAGUGUGUACUGAUCUCCUGCUUGCGUUCCGGACGGCUCGAAGGCACCGACGAGAGGUGCGAAUAAAAGGAAGCCUUGCUGUAUGAAAGAGAAGAAUACACAUAGGACACUCAAAAAGCAGCUUGUAUUUUCAACGAGAAAAAAAGCUCAACUCUAAGUGUGAGUGUAUUUUUCUCCUCCAUGUGAUGCGUCUAUUCGUGAGGCGGUAAGAAAACGGCAUCUCAAAGCGAGUAAAAAGGAACUAGAGCACACGUUACUAGAGGCAAUCUUCGUAAUAGUCAAUACUCGUACAUCAAGGGGAACAACUUCUAACUACUAAUCAUGAUUCCACUUCUACUAAUAUCUCUGAUCAUGACGAAUCGCAUGAAUCAGUAACCACGUCCUCCUGUCGUGAUAUAAUUAAUGAGUUUGAAAAUAGUUGUCCUGAUGGAAUAGAAGAAAUCGAUCGCAUUACUGUACUAUAGAAUUGGCGGCGUUGUUUCCUAGCUGUUUUGGUGAGGACGGUCAUCUUAUUCUGGGCCAACCAGCAGCAGAUGCAGACACGCUGCUCGUCGCGAUGUAACUAAUACUAAGAUGAUAUCUUCAGGACGCGCAUAUGAAGAGCAAGCCGUUGGAUCGUGUAGUGACACGGGUCUCUUUUGCAAACAAUGAAAACGCAGCUUCAUAUAAGGCUUCAUACACAUGGUAGCUAGAAUAUUGAUAUUUCUGAGAAUGCAAAUAAAGGGUCGUCUACAGAAAAAUAGUUCAACCGCGAAGUGCGCCUAUAGUGAAUUAAAAUGCAAAUGCAAUUGGAUUUUUAUGACUCUGGAGUCUGCUCGCGCCUUUUGUCGCUUUUGAAAAUUCGAGGAACAAUCUUUGAAAAUAUGCAGGAUUUUUUUAUGUUGCAAAAGCAAAAUUGGUCUCUGAACUUCUUCAGACCUCGACCGCAAGAGCCAUCAUCUGAAUGCAUUGCAACAACGUGAAUGAUAAUUUACAAUCACC